UACCGGUCUCUACACACUUGUCUGGUUGUAGUUUCAACCUCGAGUCGGCGGUCCUUGGUUUGGAUACCGGCGCCUCCCAGUCGGGCGGUUGAGCAUCUGUGAUUGGUUGACUAGAGCUCCACGCUAGUUCCCUGGCGCAAGAGAGGAACCGGUGGACACGGAACAGUGGGAUUGUCACGGUAAAAUGGCGCUGUCUCAAGGAACAAAGAAAAAAGUUUGCUAUUACUAUGACGGGGAUGUGGGGAACUACUACUAUGGCCAGGGCCAUCCCAUGAAGCCCCACAGGAUCCGCAUGACACACAACCUCCUUCUCAACUAUGGACUGUACAGGAAAAUGGAGAUCUAUAGACCACACAAAGCCAGUGGUGAAGAGAUGACAAAAUACCACAGUGAUGACUACAUUAAGUUCCUGAGGUCCAUCCGACCAGACAACAUGUCUGAGUAUAGCAAACAGAUGCAGCGAUUCAAUGUCGGCGAGGACUGUCCAGUGUUUGAUGGUCUGUUUGAGUUCUGCCAGCUCUCAACAGGCGGAUCUGUCGCUGGGGCAUUGAAGUUGAACAAGCAGCAGACAGACAUCGCCAUCAACUGGGCCGGCGGACUUCACCACGCCAAGAAGUCUGAGGCCUCAGGUUUCUGCUACGUCAACGACAUUGUCCUGGCCAUCCUCGAGCUGCUCAAGUACCACCAGAGGGUGUUAUACAUAGACAUUGACAUCCACCACGGUGAUGGAGUGGAGGAGGCCUUCUACACCACAGACAGGGUCAUGACUGUCUCUUUCCACAAGUAUGGGGAAUACUUCCCUGGCACUGGAGACCUCAGGGACAUCGGAGCUGGAAAGGGCAAGUACUAUGCAGUAAACUACCCGCUUCGAGACGGUAUUGACGAUGAGUCCUAUGAAGCCAUCUUCAAACCUAUCAUGGCUAAAGUCAUGGAGAUGUACCAGCCAAGUGCUGUUGUACUCCAGUGUGGAGCUGAUUCUCUUUCUGGAGACAGACUGGGGUGCUUCAACCUCACCAUCAAAGGCCACGCCAAAUGCGUCGAGUACAUCAAAAGUUUCAACCUGCCCCUGCUGAUGCUGGGUGGCGGCGGCUACACCAUUCGCAACGUGGCCCGUUGCUGGACGUACGAAACCGCCGUAGCCUUGGACUGCUCCAUCCCCAACGAGCUGCCCUACAAUGAUUACUUUGAGUACUUUGGGCCCGACUUCAAGCUGCACAUCAGCCCGUCCAAUAUGACCAACCAGAACACCAACGAAUACCUGGAGAAGAUCAAGCAGCGUCUGUUUGAAAACCUCCGUAUGCUACCUCACGCCCCUGGCGUCCAGAUGCAGGCGAUCCCUGAGGAUGCUCCCCACCCAGACAGCGGAGACGAGGAGGAGGAGGAGGAGGACCCCGACAAACGCGUCUCUAUCCGGGCCCACGACAAGAGGAUAGCCUGCGAGGAGGAGUUUUCUGACUCUGAGGAUGAGAUGGAGGGGCAGGGAGGAGGCCGCAGGAACGCAGCCAACCACAAGAAGGUGAAACGAGUGAAGAAGGAGGAAGAGAAGGAAGGAGAGGAAAAGAAAGAAGUAAAAGAGGAGGAGAAGGAGGAAGAGAAGAUGGACACAUCAGGACCAAAAGAAGAGGUGAAGGCAACUUGAAGUCUGGCGCAAGGAGAAAUGGUUGGUUGUACUGUUGUCCUCAAGCCCCCCCACUGGUUCCUAUCUUCUCCUGCUGCCACAAUAGGACCCUUUUUUGUAUUCCUGUUUUAUUAUGUGUUCUUAUGGGCAAACCUGGUUCACAUUGUAUUAUUUACAUUUGUUUCCAGCCUCAGUGAAGCAGCAGUUAAGUGGGUGUUGAACAACUACAGCUGCCUAUCUGAAAAUGUGCCCCUGUGUGCUGGGUGUAAACCCCACCCAACUGGACCUUCACGUAGUAUAAAACAAGUGACACAAAUCCUUUUCAGCUGUUGUGUGAACCAGGUCUGCUUUAAUGUGAAAAAAAGAAAAGCACUCAAAUGAUUACUGUUCCUAUCAUGGUGUUUCAGAUUCAAACAAGUUUGUGGGGCUCACGUUGAAAUACCUGCACAGAUGUAGAUGAUUUAUAAGUCUAGUGCUCACAUGC